GCUAAUUGAGAGGUUGUCUCCAAGGCCAGCCUUCUGCAGUUGCCAGGCAACCAAUGUAAACAGCAGGAAGUCGCAGGAUCAUGGCCACUAACUACAGUGCCAACCAGUACGAAAAAGCAUUCUCACCCAAGUAUCUGCAGAACUGGUGUCUCGCCAAGCCAACGAAAGAGACCAUUCCUGCCCACGAAGGCUACACUCAGAUUAUCGCCAACGACCGGGGCCAUCUGCUGCCUUCAGUGCCCCGUUCCAAGGCAAGUCCUUGGGGUACCUUCAUGGGCACCUGGGAGAUGCCUCUGAAGAUACCCCCUGCUCGGGUGACCCUGACGUCCCGUACAGCUGCUGGUGCUGCCUCCCUCACCAAAUGGAUCCAGAAAAAUCCUGACUUACUCAAGGCCUCCAAUGGGCUUCGUCCAGAAAUCUUGGGCAAGCCCCAGGACCCAGCCAGUCAGAAGAAACCCCAGAACUCUGUCCAGCAAGCUCCAAGUCCAGCCAUCAUCCCAAGGUCCCCAGCCACAGACCUCAGUUCCCCAGAUCAACCCCCCAGUGCACACCCCUCGGCAGGUCACACUCCAGGUCCCCUCAGCCCAGCCAGCACUCCCAAGUGCCCACCCGGAAGCCCAUGCACGUAGGACCGGGUGGGUCCUACUCGAGCCGGGCCAGGAACGCAAACCUGGGACUCUGCGGGCCCACUGAAGCAGCCUGUCUAGAGAUGAGUGAAGGAAGAGCCCGUCGGGGAAAUGACAGGAAUAAAGGUGAAUUUGGGAAAUAAUUACCACUGUUGACUCUUGUGCUGAUUUUGAUUUUUCCCGCCUGCCUCUUAUCACCAAGAACCAGAAGGGUGGGGGAAGGGGAAACAUGACAAAGGCUUGGGGGCACAUUUGUACAAGGACCAAGCUGGUUACACUCCAGAAACGGCCAGAAGUCGGUCGGAAUCACAGCACCCACUCCCACACCCGAUUUUCCUCCCGAGCACCCCAAGGACUCUCCCUGGACACCGCGCAGCGUGCGCGUCCAGAAUCUGAGGCCACUAUCUGGAGCAGCCUCUUUGGUCUAAAUUGCUAUGGGCCAUGUUACUGACCAGCAGGUAGCUGGCUCUCAUGGCUGCUUGCAGAGCAGGUGUGCUGUGAGCCCCAGGCGCUGGCUCAGACGCUAGCUCCUACGCAGGAGGCUGCUUUGUGGGAAGGAUGCCUUGUUCACCAGCCGGGUGCGGCUGCCUGCUUCUGGGACUGCUUGGAAGAACUGUUUGGUCAGAUGGCUCCUUGUUAGCCAUAGCUACUUGGGCUACAAUAAAGACUCUCUUCUAUGCCCACGACUUCUCAUGUCUUCUCCGUCCAAUACCCAGCGUCCCAGCAGGACCCAAGCUGGCGUCAUCGAGCAGGAGGGAGUGAGUCCUCCCAACACUCCUUCCUUCUCGGAGGCGCCUGCGUGGCAGGACAUCUCUGCUGCUUGUACCGAGUCCCUGAAAACCUUCCCAGCUGCAAAACAGACUGUUUCUCUCCUGAGAGAGGUCAGACUGGGGGACGGAAAUGCCUGUGACCAGAGGGAAGCGGGGGACUGGCUCCUCCUCACCGCCAUUCUCUUGGUUUCUCUAGAUUUCAAGGAAGAGUCAAAGACAAAAUUAGUAUUUUAAUCAAUUUCAGAAAAAGAUGUCACAUGAAUGUUGAUUAGAAAACAUGACAAUUAGAGGCUUGUUUUUCUGGAAUUGCAAGGAAAAGAAA